AUGAGAAGCAGUGGACCACGAAAGCUACGGUCGUUAGUGAAGACCAAAGUCCCAGGUCAUACAUCAUAGGCACUUGUGGUCAAAGGUUUCGAAGGAAUCGUAGGCAUCUUGGAAAGGUCCCUACACCCACUCAUCAUGACACAUCAGGGGAAGCCUCCCAAAUUCCGGAUAUCAACGGUGAGCCUACUCCCAAGGUUGUCCAGGUGGAGGAUACCAACGUUCCUGAAAGCAGCAACACAAGUCCUUACACAAGAGAUAAGAACGCGAUUCCAGAACAGAGAACCUCAAGUGGUAGACUUGUUAGAAAACCUAUUCGUUAUAGAAAGGACAUUUAG